GGCGGAGGCGGCGGCGGCGGAGGAGGAGGAGGAGGAGAUGGGGUGCCGGAGCUCGAAGCCCGAGGAGGCGUCGCCGGUGGUGGCGCUGUGCCGGGAGCGGCGCGACCUGAUCCGCGCAGCCGGGGAGCGCCGCUUCGCCCUCGCGGCGGCGCACGCAGCCUACUUCCGCGCCCUGGCGCGCGUCGGCGCCGCCCUCGACCGCUUCGUCCAGGAGGGCCUCGCCGCCGCGGCGGCGGCGGAGGCGGCCGCGGCGGGGGCGUCGCCCGUGCUCACGCUCCCCCCCUCCGAGGGGAAGGGCAAGUCCAAGCCCAAGAUCGACGGAUCCGAGCGCAAUGGCGACAAUGGCGACAGUGGCGGAGGAGGCGCGGCCUCCUCCUCUUCUCUCCCUUCGAUUUCUCGCUCCGCUUCGCGCGAUUCGCACCUACAUUCCCAUUCGGACUCGGAUCACGGCGAAAUCUCGGAGGAAAAUGGUGGAAUCGAGGUUGGAGCAGGUGGAGUACCACAAGGAGAAGCAUAUGGAGGAGGAGGAGGAGGAGGGUUUUCAUGGUCUAAUCCUUCUUACCCUUUUUAUCCUCCUUAUCCUCCUCCUUAUCCUCCUUCUUAUGCUCCUUUCUCCAAUGUUGGAAAUGUGAUCCCCAAUUACCACUACAUGAAGUCGAGUUCGACGAAACCAACCACAGUGUUCCAAGAACCCUACACUACUUACUCCAAUCAAGCAUUUGUGAGUUACGAUUACGAGGAUAAUUAUCCGAUUUAUGGUUAUUCCAUGGGCUCUACCAUUCCUCCUGUUCAAGAUCAGACUUUUUAUGAGAAUGCGGCACCGGCGAGUCCGCGAAGGGAAGCGAAAUCCACUGCUCCACCGCCGCCGCCGACGGCGGCAGCAGAGGGCUCCUCUUGGGAUUUCUUCAAUCUUUUCAAUUCUUAUGAGCAGUUGUUUCCGGGGUAUGAUCGGAGUGGGUACGCGGCGACUUCGUUGACAAGUAGCCCGAAUUCAAGCGAGGUGAGGGAGAGAGAAGGGAUUCCUGAUUUGGAAGACGAGACGGAGCAAGAGACGGUGAAAGAAGCAGCGAAAGAGAGGAAGGUGACGGGAAGUGACUCAGGAAAGAAGGGUUCCAGUGUUGGGAGUUCAAAAGGAGCCGCGGAACACAAAGAGGAUGAGGUGAAUGAUGAAGUUGUUAUAGAGAAUGAGAGUAUUCACUCCUCGGAAGAUAGCGAAGCGAGAGGGAGUGUAAAGGAGGAGCAGGAGAAGGAGGAAGUACAUGUGACGAAGGUUAAAGGAGUGAGCUUCGAGGACGAUACAUCAUUGGUUAGUAAUGGUAGCCGAGCGAGUAAAGAGAAUGUAAUGUCUGUUCAUGGGACGAGAGACGUCGCCGAAGUGGUGCAGGAAAUAAAGGAACAGUUCAACUACGCAGCGAGUUGUGGUGAAGAGGUCUCGAGAAUUCUCGAGGUUGGGAGGCUGCGCUAUAGAUCGAGGAAUAAGAUUUUAAGAUUUAUCUUAUCAAGGAUCUUGUAUUCUAUGUCUCUGCGUUCCGCAACAUCAUCUCGGACAUCGAAGAGCUCUCCACAUUCAACUGGAGAUAUGAAGCAGAAUAUGGCUAUUCAUACAAAUUCCGAGAGGGUGAAUGAUUUUGAGCUUAGCAACCUUACAUCAGUAUUGGACAGGUUGCAUGAAUGGGAGAAAAAACUUUACAAGGAAGUUAAGGAAGAAGAAAAUCUGAGGGUCAUCUAUGAUAGAGAGUGGAAGCGACUAAAAGCAUUAGAUGAAAAUGGAGCAGAGGCUCAUGAAAUUGAUUCCACUCGGGCUUCAAUAAAGGCGUUGGUGACGAGAAUAAAUAUUGUCAUCAGAUCUGUAAAUGCUAUUUCUAGCAGGAUUCACAAGCUAAGAGAUGAUGAAUUGCAGCCGCAGCUCAUCGAAUUAAUCCAAGGACUAAUAAGAAUGUGGAAGUUUGUCCUCGACUGUCAUCGCAAGCAAUUCCAAGCGAUGGUUGAAAGCAAAGCCCAAAACCUAAUACCAAAAUUUGGGGGUCUACGAAGUUCUGCUUCAAAGGCGACGAUAGAGUUAGAGCUAGAGCUCCUGAACUGGGCUUCGUGUUUCAGAGAUUGGAUUCAAACCCAAAAGGCUUACAUCGAAGCCCUUAACGGCUGGUUGCUGAAAUGGCUUCUCCAGGAGAAAGAAGAAACACCUGAUGGAGAAGUACCAUUCUCUCCCAGCCGAAUGGGAGCCCCUCCUGUGUUCAUCACUGCCAAUGAUUGGUGUCAAACCCUGGAAAGGAUAUCCGAAAAUGGUGUAAUAGAUACAAUGCGAGCUUUCGCUAUAAAUGUGCACAGCUUAUGGGAGAAGCAGGACGUGGAGCAGCAUCAGAAGCUGAAAACUGAAUAUCUGUCCAAAGAUUUUGGAAAAAGGCUUAAAUCUGUGCAAAAGGAAUACGGGAUUAAUGGGCCUGUAGAUGUUGAUAAAAUAGCUAUGAUUCUCGCCAGUAACGGGCCGAUCGAUGACCGCAUGGUGGGCUUGGAUGCAUUGAAGAAGAGAUUAGAUGAGGAGAGGGCCAAACAUGAGGAAGCCGUUAAACAAGUCCGAGAGGCGAGCGCGACCAAUUUGAGAGCGGGCCUGAUUCCGAUUUUUGAAGCGUUGGGGAACUUCACUAUCGAGACACUAAAGGGUUAUGAAGGAGUCAGAAUUCCGAAUGUUGGCGGAGUAACUUAAGUAAAAGCUUCAUGUAACCGGCUUUGGCUUUUCUGUCAAGCCGAAAGGUGGAAAAAUCUCUGCUUCUCCAAAUUUUUGCAGCUAAAAGAUCAAAUUUCGCAGUGGAAUUACAUUGAUGAGUUGAACAACUCGUCGGAGGUCACUUUGGUGACGAAAGUUUCAACCUUCUGGUUCAGCAAUAAGCUAUUUCAACGGAUUGAGGAGCUAUUCAGAUAAUAAGUAGAGAAUUACUUGAUUUAUUUUGCGAUUUUCAGGGAGGUGAUUUUCCCCGUGGAACCGGCUUACGCAUAGAAAGAUCGCAUGCUCCAGGAGGCGACAAAUUUAUCGAAACCAGAAGCAGCAGCAGUUGAUUUCUCAGAAGAUAAUGAGCUGUAGAGUGAAGUAGUGAACUAGUUUAGGAAUAACAUUGCUCUGUGCUGUUCUCUAGAUUAUGGCUUUUCAAAUCAAUUUUUUAUCUCUAGCUGUGAGGGGAAUUUUGUCAAAAGGCCCUUGAGGAAGGGGCCAUGAGUUCUUGUCUCUUUUAUUUUUCUUUUCCCCUUGUGAUGUAAAUACAUUUCCAAUCUAUUGCAGCAUCAAUUGUUGUA